AGGCUUUACAUAUACGACUGCGGCUUCAACUCGAUUGGCGGUGAAGUGGUAAGUCCGUUCAACGACAACUCGCACUGGUUACCAGUCAAAAGUAGUCAGGCUGGACAUUUCUCCCCGAAUUCGUGGAUUUCAGAACCGCGAAUGGAGCAAUGUAUUCCGAGGUCCUUAGUGUUCAAGUUUCCUCACGCUUUCGUGGUAACCGCCUGCAAGCAAAUUGAUGAAACUGAAGAGUUUCUUGUACGAUUUGUCAGGGAGAGGAGACUAUAG